GGGCCGGCCCAUUGUUCACUCAGUGAGGAGGGGGGGCAGGAAGGUCCAAUACGGAACAUUCAGGAAGGAAAUUAAAAGCCGUCAGACGUGUCUACCUUUCUGAGGAGAGGAAUGGAGUGCUCCAGGAACUCUAUCCUCCUCGAAGGAAACUUUACUGCUAAUUAAACUGGAAAAAUGUCAACACGGACAGAAAGAGCAAUUACAGCAACUCAGAUUUAAUUCAACACAGUUUGAUGUUAGUGUAGAAAUGGCGUCGGAGGUGGAAUUAAACGGGAAUGAACUUCUGGAAGUGGACAUAUGCGACCGCAGUGUGUACUCCGAGGAAGAGAGCGGCGUUUUUGUCAGCUCCGCCGCCUCCCUCCAGGAUGAUUUCUCCGGCUUCCAGCAGUGGACGAGCCCCGCGGCCGAGUCACCUAGUGACACAUCAUCACCUCCGGGACUGCAGGUUCACAGCGAGCACCGAGCUCCGCCUGGCACCGACACCCGAAGGACCAGCACGACCGCUGACAGUGACUCAGAGUCCCAGGGAGAUGGACUCAAAGUGCCCAGGUGCUCCAUAGUGGACUGUCUGCUGGUGGAGCUGUACGACACGUACAGUGGAGGCAGCAGGAGGAAUGUGGACAGCUGGGACAGCUCCACAGAGGCGUCCGGGUCUGAUGCCUUCCUGGGCCGCAGCAACUCCGGGUCCGGGUUCCUCCAGGAGCUCCAGGAGAAACACACCAGGAGGCAUCAGAUGAACUACCUGGCCCAGAAAGCCCCGGAGGAGCUGCAGUCAAUCAUCCAGGAGGUCAAAUAUCGUACGGGCCUGCAGUCGGCCAAGCUGAUCCGCCAACUGAGGAGACGGGACCGACUUUGCCACAAACUGCAGAAGAACUACGACAUCAUCACGGCUUGUUUACAGGCUGUCUCACAAAAACGACGAGUUGACACGAGGCUGAAGUUUACUAUUGAACCAUCGCUGGGGAAGAAUGGAUUCCAGCAGUGGUACGACGCCCUGAAGGCAGUGGCCAGACUCCCAACUGGGAUCCCAAAGGAAUGGAGGAAGAGGGUUUGGCUAACGUUAGCAGACCAGUACCUCCACAGUAUCUCCAUCGACUGGGACAAGACGCUUCGUUUUGCCUUUAACGAGCGCAGCAACCCGGACGAUGACUCCCUCGGCAUUCAAAUCGUCAAGGACCUGCACAGGACCGGCUGCAGUUCUUACUGCGGCCAGGAGGGGGAGCAGGACAGGGUGGUGCUGAAGAGGGUGCUGCUGGCCUACGCCCGCUGGAAUAAAGCGGUGGGCUACUGCCAGGGAUUCAACGUCCUGGCUGCACUCAUACUGGAAGUUACUGAAGGCAAUGAGAGCGAUGCACUGAAGGUGAUGAUCUAUCUGAUUGACAAAGUGUUGCCUGAGAGUUAUUUUGCCAACAACCUGCGAGCAUUGUCAGUGGACAUGGCGGUGUUCAGAGACCUGCUGCGUCUCAAGCUGCCCAGACUGUCGCAGCAUCUCCACCACCUUCAGAAAGCUGCCAACAGAGAAGCUGGAGGCAGCUACGAGCCUCCGCUGACCAACGUGUUCACUAUGCAGUGGUUCCUCACCAUGUUCGCCACCUGCCUGCCGGCGCCCACCGUGCUGAAGAUCUGGGACUCGGUUUUCUUCGAGGGCUCGGAGGUGCUGUUCAGGGUCGCCCUCGCCAUCUGGGAGAGGCUGGGAGAGAGGAUCGAAUACUGUCAGACAGCAGAUGAGUUUUACAGCACGAUGGGCUGUCUCACGCAGGAGAUGCUGGAGCGCAACCUCAUCGAUCCCCCCGAGCUCAUGCAGGAGGUUUAUUCCAUGGCAGUGUUUCCUUUCCCUCAGCUGGCCGAGCUGAGAGAGAAAUACACCUACAACAUCACUCCGUUCCCUACCUCAGUCAAAUCCAACGGAAGUGGUGGUCUGGGCAGCUGGGAGAGCGACGAUGAUGCCGAAAUGGACGAUGAAGACUCUGUAGUGACGGCGCUCGGUUGCCUGGGUCCCCUGGGAGGCCUCCUGGCCCCCGAGCUGCAGAGAUACCAAAAACAUCUCAAAGACCAGCGAGGGGAGCAGGGGAACAUCGCUGAGCUGAGCCCAGGAGCGGUGGGAGCCGGAGGUGCAGGAGGUGGAGGAGGGGGUGCCAGGGCGGAGCACCAGGCAGCGAUCAACAGCAUGAUGAUGGAGAGAAUGAGCACCGACAUCUACGCCCUGAAGAAGCAAUACGCCCGCAUCAAACGGCGGCAGCAGCAACAGGCUAUGCAACUUUACAUACGCACAGGACCUGGACCCAAAGUGGCCACAACUUCAAAGAUUCCUCAGGAGGGUCCCAAAGAUCAGAGCGACAGUACCGACCACCACACCGACGACAAGUGCCCCGCCACCCGUGUCCUGCCCUCCCAGCUCAACCCAUCCAGCACAGUAAUCAACCACCUCCUUCUGGGUCGGAAACCACGAGGAGGAAGCUCCAGACUCUCGUCCACAAGCACGUCCACACUACCAGGCUCGGUGCUCUCCAACAGCACUGGAUCUCCGGGGAGCUCCGGAGGAGGCGCCGGGUCGCCCUGGCGUGCCCACGUCCGGGUUCAUCGGAGGAACAUAGCACGGGCCCGAGCACAGCUGGGCUUUGGAGAUUCAGAGGAGAGGGAAGAUGAGGAAGAAGAGGAUGAGGAAGAAUCUGAAAAAUUGGAGGACGAAGAGAAGAGGAAGAUUGAGGAAAAUGACGAUGAGGAGCUGAAAGAGAGGAGUGACUCUGUGUCUUCAUCUGCGGAUCCCUCUGGUUCUGAAGAGGCUCCGGAGGUUGCAGAUGAGACAAAAGAAGCAGAGGUUGCAGAGGUCGUGGUGCAGCUGGACUCUCUGGAUCUGGAGGACGAAUCAGAUCUGACUGCCACCAAUAACACAAGCCCAGACACACAACCAGAGUCUAAACCUGUCCCCCAAGUCCCUCUCCUCCCUCCUCCGCCCUCCUCAAGCAGACACAGAGAGUCUGACUCCUCAGGAUCAGAAAGACACUAUCCCUCCAUCGCAUUACCUCCACCUCACCACGCCUUUAACAUCCCUUCUUCCUCACCUUCCUCCUCUCCGGUCCCCACAUCAGCUUCUCUCGGUCCGUCCUCCUCAUCCUCUCCUUCCCCUCCCUCCACCCCAAUCCCUCUUUCCACAUCCUGCCUUCCUUCAUCCCUCUCAUCCAACGGCCUCUCCUCUCUCCCCUCGUCCUCCACCUUUUACAAAACUCCCUCCCCGUCCACUCCCUCACUCUCCUCUCUUUCCUCGUUGUCCGGAUCUCACAUGUCCUCGUCACCAUCAACCCCGGCGUUCCCGUCCACCACCAAACAGCAAGUCUAUUCCCCGUUCCCAAGCGUGAAGCAGCCCAGGAAAUCGGCGGCGGCAAGAAAUCUCGGCCUCUACGGCCCGACAUCCAGAACACCCAUGGUUAACUUCCCUCAGCUCAGCCGCAACCUCAACCGUAGUAGCGGCGUCGGCACCACCGGGAGGCGAUGAAAACACUCCUGACACUGAUGCUAGAAACACAUCAUGACCACACCAUGUUGCCUCCUGCAUACCGACAAAACAACCCAUAUCUUAUUUGAAGUAGACUGAGAGUUCUAGAAAUGUAAAGUUCAGAUUAUUGAUGUUGACAUGUGACAAUUGUGGUUCACGAGCCACUACAGACGAACCUUUUAAGAAUUUGAAUUUGAAGGACAUUUUCUUGUUAUGUCCAGUUUUUCAUCCAUAAUUGUACCGUACAGCGAAGCUAAAGCUAACACAGGACUGUUACAGUGUCAAGCCCUUUACAGCGGCCUAUGCAGGAUGGAUACAUGAUAAAAAAAAAUUAAAGAUAAAACAUGACAUGUGAGCAGUGUUCUUAGGAUUCUUCACUGGAUUUGUGGUGGACAUAUGUGUCUCUUCAAUGAGUCUCCAGACCCAAAUGGACCAAUGUGGCAAUAUGAUGAACUUUUUUUUUCCCUAUGAGAUUAAACAACAGCCAUCCAUUCGUUUCUACGCCAAGUAUUUGAGAAAAUAAACAAGAAACAAAAGAAACCUAAAAACUGCUGUAAAUUAAGAAUCAUAAAAACUUACUGUGUGUGUGUGCCCCCCCAAAAAACUCCCCGAUCUUCAAAUGUGACGUCCUAAAGCACUUAACUUCUUAUUUUUUUGUUCUGUCUGAUGGUGAAUUCAUUCUGUAUGUGCACUCUCUGUCUGCAACUUGACUGUUGAACACAAUGAAUGUAAUAUCUUGGUAAAUAAUGAAGUAAGUAUGCGUGAAUGGGCCAAGUUUUGUUUUUUUUCCCCCCUCCGGGAUGUCAUUAAUUAGUAAGGAAUGUUACUUAAGUAAAUCACCUUGAUAGCUGUGUUCACAUGAAAUAAACCAGCACAGCACUUAAAAGAACACCUCAGUGUGGACUUCCAGUGUGUAUUCAGUCUAAGUCCAAACACACAGAAAGGGUUUUUACUGGGAAACUUACUCACUGGUCGGUCACAUCAUGUUCUGGAUAAACAACAACAUACUCUCAUUGGAAAUGAAUGAAUAAAGAAAGCAGCUGCUGUCAAAUGUU